AUCGUCCUCUGCCCUGCGAUUCUGCCUUCUAAGACCAAGCUUGAGCUCCUGCUGCCUCUUCUAUUCUACAUCCUCUUCCCGGCAACUCUCUCCGUGUUCGGCGAGCAGAGACAAAGCAAGGCGCCGCAAUUUUGAGUUACACAACCUGAGAUCCCGGCGGCGAGGAGGCGUUGCUCCGUAAGGUGGCCGGUAUCUAAGAUUGCGGCAACCAGGAAUCUGAACUCCGCCGACGAGGAACCGAUGGCAAGGAACCGCAAAUUAAUAAGUAACUUUCUUAAAUACAUAGUUUAGAGUGAAUGCAACAUGGAAUUUGGUGACCAAAAAUUUUUGAAGACUAAUGAUAAUAGAACUGAUGAGGGACUCGGGUGAUGAACUUGAAGAACACAUAGUAGAGUUAUUGUUUGGUUUGUUCAACGUGCAAGUCUCGAGCCCAGCUGCUGGCUGGACGAGCCCUUGUGGGAGACUCUAUUCAUCUGAGUUGGAAACUGCUGCAUGGUUCUGUCUUGGUCGUCUGGCAAACCAAGGUUCUUCAUAGACUUGCUUUGUGGAGAAUUUUGGGCAUUAUGGUCUUUUCGAUUCCAUGAGGAGAGAGUAGACAAUAUUGCAUUAUUUUCAUUUGCCAAGUGACGACAUUCCUGCAUCUGUAUUCGUGUUUUUUGUGUUUCCUGAUUAUCAAGGUCACUAAAUUGAAACAAAAGAUUCACAGAGCGAAGAAUGUUUUGUUCUGAAUUUUUGGUGGCGGGCAAGAGGGCUGGGCUACCCCAAAGUCAUCCUUGUAACCGAUUUCUUAGUCUGUUUUCUCUUGGGUGUUCAGCUUCUUGAAUCUAAAGCCGAAGGCUUCAAUUCAUUUGCAUAAUACUAUGUAUUUGAAAGAUGGAUGUUCUUUAGUGUUAAAAGUGCGCAAGCCUUCAAUUCCCUUUGUACUCAACACGAAACCAAUUUUUGAUCCCGAUAAACCCCAAGUUGAAUCUGCAAAUGUGUCCGUUCUUAAGGAAUCCGAAGUUGUGAAAAGACUGAGACAUGAGCAAGAUAUUGUGUUGGCACUUGAAUACUUCAAGUCCUUGGCCAAUUCUGGAGCUUUCAAACACACCCAUCUGACAUGCCAAACUAUGAUUGAGAAACUGGGAAGAAACUGCAAUAUCGAUGGUGUUCAAUAUCUUUUGCAACACAUGAAGUUGGAAGGAAUAGAUUGCUCUGAAGAUUUAUUCAUCCGUGUUAUACAUUCUUAUCGACGAGCUGGGUCAGCUGAUCAAGCUUUGAAGAUGUUAUAUAGGAUAAGGGAAUUCGGGUGCAAACCCACAGUCAGGAUAUACAACCACCUGCUGGAUUCGUUGCUGGAUGAAAAUCGGUUUCAGAUGAUCAAUCCUGUCUAUAACAACAUGAAGGGAGAAGGUAUGGAUCCAAAUAUUUUCACCUAUAAUAUUCUUAUCAAGGCUCUCUGUCGAAAUGGGAAGGUGGAUGGGGCUUGCAAGUUGCUUGUGGAAAUGUCAAGUAAGGGUUGCCCUCCAGAUGCAGUGAGCUACACGACUAUUGUAUCUUCUAUGUGUAAGAUUGGUCAGGUGGAGGAAGCAAAAAAGCUAGCUGCAAGAUUCGCACCUGUGGUGCCUGUUUAUAAUUCUUUGAUACAUGGAUUAUGCAAAGAUUAUAAAUUUAUGGAGGCCUUUGAUUUGAUCAUUGAAAUGCUAGAUAAGGGCAUUGACCCGAAUGUUAUCACUUACUCUACAGUCAUCAGUUGUCUUUGUGACAUGGGAAAUGUUGACUUGUCUCUUGCUGUACUUGGCCAAAUGCUUAUGAGAGGAUGCAGCCCCAAUAUUCAUACAUUUGCUUCCUUGAUGAAAGGCUAUUUUUUGUGUGGCCGAUUGGGUGAGGUUCUUAGCUUGUGGAGUCUUAUGAUUCAAGAGGGAGUUAAGCCCAAUGUUGUUGCAUAUAACACUUUAAUAAAUGGUCUCUGCACCGAUGGUUAUCUAGAAGAGGCUAUAUCUGUCUGUAAUCAUAUGGAAAAGAUUUGGUGCCGUCCUAAUGUUACCACGUAUAGUUCUCUUAUUUAUGGUUUUGCAAAAGCUGGAAAUUUGCGAGGUGCUUCUGAGACAUGGAACAAAAUGAUCACUUGUGGUUGCCACCCUAAUGUUGUAGUAUAUACCUGCAUGCUGGAUGUCCUUUGUCAGAACUCAAUGUUUAACCGGGCUCAGCGUCUUAUUCAAAUCAUGGACAGUGAUGGCUGUCCUCCAACUGUUGUUACGUUCAAUGCAUUUAUUAAGGGCUUGUGCUCCAGUGGACGAGUAGAAUGGGCAAUGGGUGUGCUUGAUAUGAUGGAGAAAUAUAAGUGCUCGCCUAAUAUCAUAACAUAUAAUGAGUUACUGGACGGUUUAUUUAGGGUUAACAGAUUUAAGGAAGCUUAUGGGCUUAUUAAGGAGCUGGAAGAAUUGGAGGUGGAACUAACUUCUGUUACUUAUAAUACUAUAAUGUAUGGAUUCUCUCAUGCUGGAAUGCAAGAACAAGUUUUCCAGAUUUUCGGGAAAAUGUUGGCAAAUGGAGCAAAGCCGGAUACCACUACCAAUAAUAUAAUUAUUUAUGCAUACUGUAAAUGGGGCAAGGUUAGAACUGCCAUGCAACUUUUUGAUAGGCUUACAGAGAAGAAGGAGUGGCGUCCAGACAUAGUUGCAUAUACUAGUCUUCUGUGUGGCAUUUGUAAUUCGUUAGGCAUUGAAGAGGCCAUUGUGUAUCUUCAUAAAAUGACAACGGAAGGAAUCUUUCCCAACAUCGCUACUUGGGAUGUCUUGGUACGCUGCUUCUUUAACAACUUAGGCCAUAUGGGACCAAUUCGCAUUUUGGAUGAUGUAUUGGGUAAUGGAUAGUGCUCAACUUUUUGCUCUGCCUUAAUGAUUAAGACACUUAUCUACAGAGUGGAAUACAUGCUCAUUUUUCCUGACACUUGCAAACAGGAGAAAGUGUUGACGAAUGAAUCUGAAAUAGAAGAAAAUGUAUUGUGCCGGCUAACACUGACUGUGUUCUGGAAUUAAAAUGAAAAAUGAAGGGAAUGAUUAUGAGAGGAAAUGAAAGACCUGACUAUUGUUCUCCCAAACGUUAUGUUCGAGAGUUGACAAGGAAAAUGAAUGAAAGGAGAAGUCUUCACCUUGGCAGUGCAUAAAAAUGAUAACAGAAUAUGAGAUGGGAGUUUAUUUUCCCUGCUUUGGUUUGACAAGCAAAGGGAACGCAAAUUAACAGUUGUUUGGAGCUCUACAGGAUCUUGAGGGGAAUGGAUUUUCUGUAGGUGGAGAAUGAGGGGGAUUUAAACUCUAUUUUCCUUCCUCUAUAAUUAGAAAAAGCGGUUCAAACAAGAUUUAACGAGUGUCUAUUUUCCUUUUCUCCAUCUAUCCACAGUCAGAAACGCCAUAAAAGGGAGCGAGGAGGAAGUUCUUGUAAAACAUGCAAGAUGUUUUGAUGUUUAAGCCCUUAGUUGCUGUAUUAAUGAGUAGAAAAACAUUGAAGGUCAAAUGGUUUACGGAAAGUUUUUCGGAAAAAUCUAAGAUGCAACUCUUCUCUAGGAUGGAAGAUGUAAUUCUUGCCUUGGGAUCCACUCGAGGUCAGGAUCAAAGCUGUUUCAUAAUGUUGCUCAGCUUUGACUCUCAUCAUCAAGUUACCAAUGCAUCUUUAAUGUUAAAAGAAAAAAUCAAUUCCAAAAGUCUGCUGAGUAUGGAUUGUCGAAGUCCAACAAAUCUGAUGUUGGAGAAGGCGUUAAUUGAGCAAGGUCUUUGAGAGGAUGGGGGAUGAGGAUGUUGCUUACUGCGAGUACUUCAUUGAAAAGUGGUCAGAAUGGAAAAUAGAGAUUGUGUUGCUUUCUGCUUUACAUCCACCAACAAGUUCAUGGAGAAUUUAUGGAAUUAUACCGUCAACUGUAUUCUGGAUGAUGACACUGCUUACAUUUAACUAUGAAAAUAUCCAAGAACGCCAUGAUGAACCUACAGUUGUUUUUGUCCAAUGUACCCGAGUGACAAUAUUGACAGUUAUGUAUCCCAACACCCAUCAACAUCUAAGAAGAAUCUUAGCAGAGAUUCAUGAGUGAACAAGAGCCGGUAGGACUUGCUGAUAUUUGUACCCCGCGACUUUCAGUUUCCGUGUCUACAAAGGCAAUUAAACAAGAGCAAUAUAACUGGCUGAUGUUUAUUUGCAAGUUCUUUUGUUUUUAGCGAGGAUGACACUUUGGGACGAGAAUGACUACUUAUGUGUAACUCUUUUGCGAUGACAGGAAGUUAUAAAAGUUUCGCUGCGUUUUGAUUCAAACUUAAAUUUUUCUUUUCAUGUCCGUCCCAAGUUAACAUCUCUCCUGUGCAACACACUGGUCAAAGUUUAUAGUUAUGUUUGUAAACUGUCAUAGUUAAUUUAGACCAUGAUAGUGUUUUCUGGGUUGUACUUCCAGGAAGCAAGCAGCGGAGUAACAAUUUUCAAGCCGUAUUAAAUUCACCACUGGCCUCGUCAAACAAUUUAUUUAAGCUACUUGCUGAUUCACAGAGGUU